AUGACGGUCAAAGAGACGCUCUACAACAUCCUUUUUGGCCCUGAUCGAUCCGCGUCUUCCUCGUCGGGGUCGCAACCAUCGACAACCAUCUCGGCAGCAGCGGUUUCGCUCGGUGUUGCACCAGAAGCGCUCGGCAGGCUCACCUCGCAUUCCAUCCAUGCUCUUCAGAAUCUUUCGACCUAUCGUCCGAAACUUGGAUCUGAGCCGUGUCCUUCCUCCGUGCCAGCUUACCGUCGAGCAGCAGUGCUACUCUGCCUGUUUGCCGGACGCAAUGGUGAGCUGUAUGUGAUUCUAUCCAAGCGUUCUUCUCGUCUGCGGUCGCAUGGUGGAGAUACAGCCAUUCCAGGUGGGCGCUUCGAACCCACGGAUCGAGAUCUGGAAUACACAGCGCGACGCGAAGCGUUUGAGGAAACUGGUCUACCCAUCGAUCCUUCCAAAGCAGUCAAGCUUUGCGAGCUUCCUCCGUUCCUGUCAGCCAACGAACUGGUGGUGACACCUUUCGUAGUGCUGCUCACGGAUCACACUGUUCAGCCGCACCUGAAUCCGCGAGAAGUGGACAGCCUGUUCUCUCUCCCACUUGUAUCGUUUCUGUACCACAAUCCACCACGAAACCUGCGACGGUCAUUGCAUCUGCCCUUGACGCCCGACCCGGAGGCGUUACGGCAUAUGCCAGCAAAUGAAGUCUCACCGAUCUCAGACUGGCACACAUGCCGCGACAUCCUUUGGCUCGGCGGUUACCGUAUACGGAGACACACAUUUUGGGACGAACGAAACCCGAUCCGAGGUUUGACAUCAGACAUCCUCAUCCUAGCAGCCAAAAUCGCGUACGGAGAAAAACCGCAGUUUUCGUUAAAGAGCCCAGCCCAACCGAGUCAGGCAGACCUAAUCACUUUGGCAUUCAAUAGCCCCUUGGCAGUUAAAAAGUUCAGGGUAAAACCGAGAAUGCAGUUCUUGAAAACGCCAGAUGCGUUCAGUUUCAACCGAGCCGAACGCACAAACGACGAUUUGGAGCAGCCCCAGGACGAGAAGGAUUUCGAGCUCGCUCCGCCCAUCGUGUCAGCUUCGGAAGGCGCCAUUAUCAAGCCCAAGUUAUGA